AUGUGUUUCUACGACAACCACCGCUUCGCCUGCAACGACUGGAAAUGGGGCAACUUCCGCCAACACUGUCACGCGGAGUACCGCACAGGCGAAACAUGCGGCAUGAAGAUGGUCUACCAGACACUUGCCGUCGCCGAGAAAUGUCAGAUGUGCCAGAAGAUCGAGCGCAAGCAACGGCGCUACGAGAAGCACAGAGCCGACUAUGGACGCUGGGUGCAAGAGAACCCGACAAAGUACAAGUUCUCCAUCGAGAAGGCGGUCGAGGAGAUGAAGGUGCUUGCCGAGGAGAUCAAACGCUUGCAAGCGCGCUACAUGGCGGUUGGGAAUCCACGUCGUGCUUGA